AUGGCAGACUAUACCUAUACCUACUUUCGCGUCUCCAAAUCGGAAGAUCUCAUUACCUCCGCUCACCAAUACAAGGACCUACGACUACGGGCCCUGAAACUCUCGCCUUCUUCUUUUGCUUCUACCUACGACCUUGAAUCUACAUUACCCGAUGAAUACUGGAUAUCCCGUUUGACACAGACCGGAAGAGAGACAUUCAUCUGUGCUGCAGCGCCGACGGUGAACCCCAGCCAAGCUGAGCCAGAAUGGGUAGCACAGGUGACAUUCUUGGGCCCUCAAAGCAUCGAGGACUUCACCCUUCCAGCGGAAUCGGGCCAACCUAUGCCACUCUCGGAUGAGGUCGAGGAAAGAUGGCAAAUGCUUGCUCUCUUCACCCAGUCUACACACCGUGGGAGGGGCAUCGCGAAAGCCCUUACUCGAAAAGCGCUGGACUACCUCGUUUCCUAUCGAAAUGAACCGAAAAAUGUUAGCAUUCGCCUUAUGGUAAAACCUGGCAUGAUGGCUGUUGUAAAGUUUUACCUGCAGCUUGGGUUCAGUGAAGUGGGGAGCUCGUCCCUCGCGGAGGCGCUUAUUGCGAAUGGAGACCGGGAGCUUUUACCGAACGACUACCUGCUACAGGAGAAAUAUACUACGCGCAAAAGCCACCUUAUGAUUAAGCAGAUCUCAAGGGAUGAGUAG